UUAAUAACUGAAAAAACUUCACUGAACAAUAACGGUCAAAGAAACGGGGAAUACGGGAUGAAUUGUUAAGCAUUAUUAUUUAUGAGAAAAUAAUUGCAUAUCAAAUUUCUGACUAAAUUAUAUUAAUGAGUUUAAAUAUAAUCAUCGCCAUUCAUUAUUAUCAUUUAUUCAGUGUUACUACAGUAUUAUUACAUCUAUUUGAAGGUGCAAUGGAUGAAAGCACAAUCAGUUUAAAAUAGUAAUACUAAAGCAGUAUUUUAUUGAUUGAAUUAAGAAUUUUUAUGUUUAAACUCUAAACAGAUGUGAGUUUUGGUUUGCUUUAUAACCAAACUUCUAAUUAGUUUGACUAGGAUAAUGUUAGUUUUAUCUUAUUUUCACUUGCGUGCCGAAAUGGCUAAAAUAUUGUCACGUUGUAUGCACAGCGUCGAGGCAAUGAUAGUUUAAAAAUGAAAUUAUGACAGAUUAAUGUUCAAUUUCACAGACAUAUAUUAAAUAAACAAUAUAUAUAUAUAUAUAUAUUAAUCAGAAUACAUUCAACUUUUGAUAGUAUAAAUAACGUGUUAAUAAGAGCUCUCACCCGAUAUGGUUUCCUUUGCCCCGUAUAUUCUAUAUCGGGCCACAUACUAGCCCCGUAACGAAUACAUCACGUCAACAACAUGUUUGCAGUAAUCAAGACGCCAGCACUUUCAGGGGAAUGUUGUCAUUUAUUCAUCGGAAUAAGAAAUUAGGCACCAUAUUGGUACGAUAUAAAGAUAAGUGACCCAAUAUGGAACAAUUCAUGUUGGAGACGUGAUAAAUAAACAUGUGUAUGAUCUUACAGUGACUUUGCAUCUUAUACAAACAUUAUGAGUCGGGUUUUAUUACACAUUCCGUAACGAUUUUAAUACACGUGUUAUAUCGUCAGUCAGUGAUCCUUACAGUACACGUGGAAAGCGAGAGUCGGUGAUUCUACCAGUACACGUGGAAAGCGACAGUCUUUGAUCCUACCUGUACACGUGAAAAGCGACAGUCGUUGAUUCUACCCGUACACAUGGAAAGCGACAUUCGUUGAUCCUACUGGUACACGUGGAAAGCGACAGUCGUUGAUCCAACUAGUACACGUGGAAAGCGACAGUCGUUGAUUGUACCAGUACAGAUGGAAAGCGACAGUCGAUGAUCCGACCAGUACACGUGGAAAGCGACAGUUGGUGAUUCUACCAGUACACGUGGAAAGCGACAGUUGGUGAUCCUAACAGUACAUUCGGAAAGCGAGAGUCAGUGAUCCUACCAGUACACGUGAAAAGCGACAGUCGGGGAUCCUACCAGUACACGUGAAAAGCGACAGUCGGUGAUCCUACCAGUACACGUGAAAAGCGACAGUCGGUGAUCCUACCAGUACACGUGAAAAGCGACAGUCGGUGAUCCAACCUGUUCACGUGAAGAGCGACAGUCGGGGAUCCUACCUGUUCACGUGAAAAGCGACAUUCAGUGAUCCUACCUGUUCACGUGAAAAGCGACAGUCGGUGAUUCUACCUGUUCAUGUGAAAAGCGACAGUCGGUGAUCCUAGCUGUUCACUUGAAAAGCGACAGUCGGUGAGCCUACCUGUUCACUUGAAAAGCGACAGUCGGUGAUCCUACCAGUACACGUGAAAAGCAACAGUCGGUGAACCUACAUGUACACGUGACAAGCGACAGUCGGUGAUCCUACCAGUACACGUGGAAAACGACAUUCGGUGAUCCUACCAGUACACGUGAAAAGCGACAGUCGUUGAUCCUACCAGUACACGUGGGAAGCGACAUUCGGUGAUCCUACCAGUACACGUGAAAAGCCACAGUCGGGGAUCCUACCAGUACACGUGAAAAGCGACAGUCGUUGAUCCUACCAGUACACGUGAAAAGCGACAGUCGGUGAUCCUACCAGUACACGUGGAAAGCGACAUUCGGUGAUCCUACCAGUAGACGUGGAAAGCGACAUUCGGUGAUCCUACCAGUAGACGUGAAAAGCGACAGUCGGUGAUCAUACCUGUUCAAGUGAAAAGCGACAGUCGGUGAUCCUACCAGUACACGUGGAAAACGAGAGUCUCUAUCGUUACGUGAGCAACCCGAGGACGAAAGUAGCUCUAUAUGUGGUCAACAAACCCGUGUCCGAAAGCAACAACUACUUCGAGUUAGAAAUCCUUAAUACAGGAGAAAUAGGAGCUGUUGCAAUAGGUCUUGUUCCUGCUGAUUAUCCUGAUGAUUCACAGCCGGGAUGGAGGGAAAAGUCCAUUGCUUACCACGCCGACGAUGGAAGUCUUUUCAAAGAAAACGGUUCAGGUAUUUCGUUUGGGCCUAAAUGUGGAAAUGGUGAUAGAAUGGGCUGUGGCGUGAGGUUCAUGAAGCAAAGCUUAAAUGAGGUGGAAGUUUACUUCACAAAGAACGGCCACGAGAUAGGGUGUGAAAGAUUUGUCAUUCCACGAAAUGGCUUGUUUCCUGCUGUCGGCAUGCACUCCGACGGCGAAAAAGUUCGGUUAGAUAUGGAUGCCACUUUUAGAUCAUACAGCAAAUCAGCAAUUAAAGCUAAGACGACUAAGUUGGAAAAACGAGCAACCAGAGCCGACUUUGUGGCCAUUCACGGUGACCGUCUUAGUUACGUAAGCAACCCGAGGACGAAAGUAGCUCUUUACGUGGUCAACAAACCCGUGUCCGAAAGCAACAACUACUUUGAGUUAGAAAUCCUUAAUACAGGAGAAAUAGGAGCUGUUGCAAUAGGUCUUGUUCCUGCUGAUUAUCCUGAUGAUUCACAGCCGGGAUGGAGGGAAAAGUCCAUUGCUUACCACGCCGACGAUGGAAGUCUUUUCAAAGAAAACGGUUCAGGUAUUUCGUUAGGGCCUAAAUGUGGAAAUGGUGAUAGAAUGGGCUGUGGCGUGAGGUUCAUGAAGCAAAGCUUAAAUGAGGUGGAAGUUUACUUCACAAAGAACGGCCACGAAAUAGGGUGUGAAAGAUUUGUCAUUCCACGAAAUGGCUUGUUUCCUGCUGUCGGCAUGCACUCCGACGGCGAAAAAGUUCGGUUAGAUAUAGAUGCCACUUUUAGAUCAUACAGCAAAUCAGCAAUUAAAGCUAAGACGACUGAGUUGGAAAAACGAGCAACCAGAGCCGACUUUGUGGCCAUUCACGGUGACCGUCUUAGUUACGUAAGCAACCCGAGGACGAAAGUAGCUCUUUACGUGGUCAACAAACCCGUGUCCGAAAGCAACAACUACUUUGAGUUAGAAAUCCUUAAUACAGGAGAAAUAGGAGCUGUUGCAAUAGGUCUUGUUCCUGCUGAUUAUCCUGAUGAUUCACAGCCGGGAUGGAAGGAAAAGUCCAUUGCUUACCACGCCGACGAUGGAAGUCUUUUCAAAGAAAACGGUUCAGGUAUUUCGUUAGGGCCUAAAUGUGGAAAUGGUGAUAGAAUGGGCUGUGGCGUGAGGUUCAUGAAGCAAAGCUUAAAUGAGGUGGAAGUUUACUUCACAAAGAACGGUCACGAGAUAGGGUGUGAAAGAUUUGUCAUUCCACGAAAUGGCUUGUUUCCUGCUGUCGGCAUGCACUCCGACGGCGAAAAAGUUCGGUUAGAUAUGGAUGUCACUUUUAGAUCAUACAGCAAAUCAGCAAUUAAAGCUAAGACGACUGAGUUGGAAAAACGAGCUACCAGAGCCGACUUUGUGGCCAUUCACGGUGACCGUCUUAGUUACUUGAGCAACCCGAGGACGAAAGUAGCUCUUUACGUGGUCAACAAACCCGUGUCCGAAAGCAACAACUACUUUGAGUUAGAAAUCCUUAAUACAGGAGAAAUAGGAGCUGUUGCAAUAGGUCUUGUUCCUGCUGAUUAUCCUGAUGAUUCACAGCCGGGAUGGAGGGAAAAGUCCAUUGCUUACCACGCCGACGAUGGAAGUCUUUUCAAAGAAAAUGGUUCAGGUAUUUCGUUAGGGCCUAAAUGUGGAAAUGGUGAUAGAAUGGGCUGUGGCGUGAGGUUCAUGAAGCAAAGCUUAAAUGAGGUGGAAGUUUACUUCACAAAGAACGGUCACGAGAUAGGGUGUGAAAGAUUUGUCAUUCCACGAAAUGGCUUGUUUCCUGCUGUCGGCAUGCACUCCGACGGCGAAAAAGUUCGGUUAGAUAUGGAUGCCACUUUUAGAUCAUACAGCAAAUCAGCAAUUAAAGCUAAGACGACUGAGUUGGAAAAACGAGCUACCAGAGCCGACUUUGUGGCCAUUCACGGUGACCGUCUUAGUUACGUGAGCAACCCGAGGACGAAAGUAGCUCUUUACGUGGUCAACAAACCCGUGUCCGAAAGCAACAACUACUUUGAGUUAGAAAUCCUUAAUACAGGAGAAAUAGGAGCUGUUGCAAUAGGUCUUGUUCCUGCUGAUUAUCCUGAUGAUUCACAGCCGGGAUGGAGGGAAAAGUCCAUUGCUUACCACGCCGACGAUGGAAGUCUUUUCAAAGAAAACGGUUCAGGUAUUUCGUUAGGGCCUAAAUGUGGAAAUGGUGAUAGAAUGGGCUGUGGCGUGAGGUUCAUGAAGCAAAGCUUAAAUGAGGUGGAAGUUUACUUCACAAAGAACGGCCACGAGAUAGGGUGUGAAAGAUUUGUCAUUCCACGAAAUGGCUUGUUUCCUGCUGUCGGCAUGCACUCCGACGGCGAAAAAGUUCGGUUAGAUAUGGAUGCCACUUUUAGAUCAUACAGCAAAUCAGCAAUUAAAGCUAAGACGACUGAGUUGGAAAAACGAGCAACCAGAGCCGACUUUGUGGCCAUUCACGGUGACCGUCUUAGUUACGUGAGCAACCCGAGGACGAAAGUAGCUCUAUAUGUGGUCAACAAACCCGUGUCCGAAAGCAACAACUACUUUGAGUUAGAAAUCCUUAAUACAGGAGAAAUAGGAGCUGUUGCAAUAGGUCUUGUUCCUGCUGAUUAUCCUGAUGAUUCACAGCCGGGAUGGAGGGAAAAGUCCAUUGCUUACCACGCCGACGAUGGAAGACUUUUCAAAGAAAAUGGUUCAGGUAUUUCGUUUGGGCCUAAAUGUGGAAAUGGUGAUAAAAUGGGCUGUGGCGUGAGGUUCAUGAAGCAAAGCUUAAAUGAGGUUGAAGUUUACUUCACAAGAAAUAGCCAAGAGGUGGGAGCUCGACUUAUACAGCUUCCGUCCGGAGGUUUUUAUCCUGCCGUUGGUAUGCACUCAAAUGGAGAGAACGUACGUAUCUUCACGCCUAAGCUUGACGAAGCAGAUCGUAAACAGCAGUUUCCUUAUCUGACUGUUCAAUUGCCAAAAGCAGGUCAAGGUCACGCUAAAACUGGAUCAAGUGAAGGCAAUGACGGGAAUUCUGUGUCUAGUGAAUGGGAUGCUAUUGAUGAACUUCCAUCGGAUAGUGUUCCUGGUAGGAAACGAAUAGUAGAUGAUACUGAUAAUGCUUCGGAUUUUGUUCCAAAUCCUUUAGAAAGUGGACUGCACAAUGAGAUGUGUGACUCUGUGCCUGGACGAAGACGGGGUGAUGAUCUUGGAGAUUCGGUCGAUGGUCAUCGAAGAAGACACCCGGAUAGAAAAUAACGAAACAUAAACCUAACAUAGCCUCGUAAGAUAAGGGCCUGUAUUCAUUUGCUGAUUUCGUAGUGCGACCUAUCAAAAGAUUUGUAUUGAACAUACGUGAACGAUUUCUGAUGAACACUCUUUUUCCACGUUUAUUAAUCUAUUGUGUUUAAAAAUUGAUUUAUUAUACUUGCGCAAAAUUGUAUCAUAUAUAAGCGAUCUGUUUGGGGGGGGGGGUUGUUGCGUUUUUGAACUUAUAUAAUUGUGAGUGUUUUUGCAUUUUAUGUGAGUGAUAUUUUGAAAUGGUAGUGAGACAUAUGAUGUUCGGGAUAUUGGAUUAAAUUUUGAAUUUGAUUUCAGAAAACUCAAACUAAAUGUAUCAAAAUUUUCAAAAAGCGUAAAAUAUCCCGUGAUCAAUUGAUGGUACAAAAAAAGAAAAGUCAUCAGAAUUUUGUUUUGGCUUGUACAGUGUACACUAUAAAUGCUUGAACUUAAAGUGCAUGUACAUGUAUACACUAUAGUUGAAUUAUUACUUUAUAAGCUCCAUGUUGUGUCAUUUGUCUCAAUUGUUAUUGGAUAGGAACUCAGAUUCAUACUUUAAAACCCUUGGCAACAUAACCUUGCUCAUUUAUUGUUUCUCCUAGAUUUAAACACUGCACUCUCAUGGUCACAUUGAUCACGACAAGCCAGCGAUAUUAAAGUCGAUUUACAUUUUGACAUAGGAAAGUAUUACAUAUCAAAACCGUAUAAAAAGGCACAGUGCGUUAAGAUCGUUAUCGUAAUGUUAAACAAACUAGAGGUGAAAGUAACCUUACCGGAGCUUGAGUCUAUCCGACCAGUUUUCAUUUGUAUACCGAUAUGUAUUUUGGAUUUGAUUAUUGUUUAAAAGUGUCAUUUUGUUCGGUUUUGGUCACAAAUGACUUUCCAACAUCAGUCCUGUGUUACGUCGAUUUCUCCAAAGUGAAUCAAUAUUUACACCUGUUAUGAACAAAAAUCCACAAUCCUGUAUUUAACUAACAAAACACAUCGAAAUAUGUGAAUUGCGUUGGCCCCAAAAAUGAAAUAGAGUUUUCAUGUUUUCAAGUUCUUUAUAAAGAACUCAGUCAAUGAUAACAUUUAACCAAAUGAGUGAAAAUGAUCGACAUAAUUAUGAAAUAAAUUAUAUAAGUUUAUGCUGAAAUAACCCAGUACAUGAUAAUAUGAAAACAUUCGUAAAUGAGUGAAGGAGAUCUGCAUAAGU